AUGCCGGGAAAUAAGGGACGCUUUAAUUGUGGGAUAUGUGUAACAUACUCCACACAGGAACGGACUUUUCUAGCAACCCUGACGCAAAGAAUACUUAUGGGAUUAAAUCAUUAUUCAAUGAAUUUUCAUGAAGAUUUCUCAAGACAGAGGUUUUUUAGGGACUUUGUUACUUUCAAUAACUUCAUCGGUUUUGUCGUGGCUCGCGAAUAUCUUGAUAAUGUCACGAAACUAGUGUACUCUGAUGAAGAGAAAAUAUAUAACUUCUAUAAAUUUCUGCUAAAACUACUCCAGGGUGAUGACGCUUUCAUAAUUCCGUGCUUGACUGAUCCAUCAUGCAUGAAUGAAAUGCUCUCUCAUUUGGUGUUGGAAAGGUUUGAAAACGGCAGAAUUGAAAUUCUUCGGAAUAUCAAUUGUGUUGUGGAGUAUGUUCAUAGGUCUUACACUAAAAAGGCUUUCCCUCGUGAUGCGGAGGAAUUAGGGGAUUUAAAGUCGGUGGCGUUUCACCAAGACAGUCUUGUGGGACAAUUUCUACGGAAAUUCGCUGUCGGUUUUCAUCUGCAGUCAUUUGAACAAGUCACCAAGUUUUGCAAUUCAUUUUAUGCUUACUAUGAUUCGGUGACAACGCAAGAAAAAUUGCCUAGUGUAAACUUGUUUUGGCAUUUGAGUUCCAGCCAAGUUGUAACUUUUUCCAAAGAAAUAAUAGCUAGAGCUGGUCGAUUAGGUUCUCUAAGUUCCUCGGAAUUCGAUUUACUUGUGAAAAAAUUGCAAAGUUAUCAAGAAAAUUAUCCGGAUCUGGCCACACCGCGUUUCGCUUCUCACGCGGUCGCUAUGCGACAGCGCAACCUAUCACAGGCUGAGACGAACCUCUUCAAGGCCUUUGAGAUGGCCGUCUCCUGGCCACCGGCGGAUACCUCAUCGGCAGUUGCUCCUGAACCAAGGCCUGUUGAUGCCUGGACGCGCAUGACACUGGGGGCCGCUGAUAUGCAUCAUAGGUUUGGUCACAGCCUACAGGCUCGCUCUUUCCUACACCAAGCACUCGCUCAGGCCCUCGAAACGAAUGAUGUGUUGAGUCUGCGUCACGUCAAGGCGGCUCAUGACGUGAUAAAUCCGAUGGGGGAGCCCUUUCGGUAUGAAACAGCUGAACAGACUGAUGGAUUAUUGCCUUCGGACCUCCUGCUCACCGAGUUGUGUUGUAAACUGUUCAAACUUAUCGGAACGAGUAUAAUUCCACAAAAGGUGUUGCUGACUUACUUCAAUUCAGUAGUGGCUCCUCAGUCGGAUGCAUUAGCGAUUGUCCUCUUAACUUUGGCCUCCAUCUUCUCCGUCUAUGGCUACAGGCAAAGCAUUAUUUAUUCCUCCAGCAUUUUGGGCACUGCUCUGCUGCAAUGUGUCAUUAUAAUAGACUGCUUGUCUCCUUGCUCCAUCUCGGACUCAGUUCUUUCGACGUCGAUUUCCCAGCUUGCUAGGGCGCUGGCCGCAGCUGGCUUGCCUAAUCAAGCAGUGCAGAUAAUCAAAUCGGCCACCGAGACUAUUGGCCGAUUUGAGGAGUUUGCACAUUUCGAACGCGCUCGUGUAGAAACGCAGCUGGAACAAGCCCUCCGUACUGGUACUGAUUUGGGUCAUUGCGGUCGGCUCAUCAAUGAUUUGGCCCUUUUCUGUCCAUGGGAGGCUAAUCUGAGGCGAGCCAACUUGGAGUUGAAGCGAGGAAAUCAAUCCCUGGCUAUUGAUAUUCUACAGGCGCUAGCCGAUAGAGCUGAGAGCUUAAGAACGUCUAUUGGUGUGAGUGGUGAUGAUGACCUACACCCUCAUAUUCUCUACAGUGAGGCGAGCGAUGAGGAAGUGGGGAAUUCAUUCAAAGUUCUGGAACCGCCUAGAGCUGGUGGAGUCGCAGCUCUUGUGCGCUUCGAAGUUCGUACUCGUAUAGCCAUGACGGAAAUCUUGGCGUUCAAUGGUAUCUUUUUGGAAGCACUCAACCAACUGGAGCGCGCGUUAUUACUCAGUCGGCAGUACCACAUGAGAACCUUUGCCAACAUCUGCACCAUCAUGAUGGCCACGAUUUCAUCACUGGAAGAGGUCCCUGUGAAAAGUUCUUUGGUGGAUGGGACGAGCAUUUUUGAAACCUUCACUGACAUUUGUCAUCAAGCUGAACCAGCAGUUGUAAUGCAUCUCACCAAUAUGAAACUAUGGUUGUCUCUUUUAGCGGGUUACCUUAAUGUUGAAGUAACCUGGAAAAACCGAUUGCGUGAGGGUGCCACCUUCUUUGCUAAUAUUGGAGACAAAUAUUCCCUCCAAAAAAUUGUCGAUAUAUUUCAUUGGACAAUCGUACAAACCACUCCAAGUCACGGUUUUUUAAGUAUUUUUUCCCGCUCUAUUAAUCAGAGCUCGAUGUGCACUUCAGUCGACGAUUCCAAAAGUUCUGAAUCCGUUUAA